UUACAACUCUCCCAGAACACCAGACCUCCAAAGGAAUCUUCUAAAGCACCUUAACGGAUCUGGUUGACGAUCGCCUCGGAAUCACCUGCCACUAUCACUUGAGUUAAGGAUCUUGAGGCAACGAUGGUGAUAUCAUCUCUUGCUGCUAGGAGCUCUACCAUAUAGAGUUCCCUGGUAACUUAUACCGCUGCCAGCACCACAUACCCGUCUGACCCACGGAUAACAAGACCACACGAGCACCCUGAAUCACGAACAGGUGCUUUGAAGUAGAUCUUCAAAUAGUUGUCUGGUGGAGGCUCCCAAGUGGGGGAAGGAGGAAUUGGGAGAAGCAAUCUAGGGGUGGAGGAGGGGGGCGAAUAAUGGAGACUUCAAGGACCUGGUUGUAGAAUUGUCUGGCGAGGGAACGAAUAUGGAGUUGGUAAAAUUCAAAAGUCACUUUAUUUCUAGACUUCGAGAUUGUCCAAAGUAAACAGACGCAUUGGAAAAUGUGGAAUGGCGAGAUCUCAGAGAUCAUGACAAGUCGCCAUAUUUACCACCACCAACCGCCAGAUUUGUUUUUGUUUUUCUUUGAUAAAGAGGUAUUCCCUUCGGCAAUUAUUACCGCCACCGUUCCCGACAGGAAAGACCACCGCAUGACCAGCUCCUCUGUCGGGGAGCUCAACGGGCCACCACCACCACUUUCUUCCGAGCGCGAGCUGCAUCCCGUCUUGCGAAGAGAUGAAUUUGAUGUAAACAAUGGUGAGAGAUCUGCUGCUGAUGGUGGAGUCUCGACAAACGCGUACAGACGCUAUGCUCUCGAAUUUGGCAAAUGCAGAUUAUGUAGUAGGAUAUCAAACCAUACUGGAUCAAAUAUAAUGACUUCCGCUUCUUGAUUUCACGAUUUUAUAAAUACUAAAAAUAAAUAGAAUGAAUUGAUAUUUGGAUGAACCGAAUACAAUGAUGGUCCGAUCUUUAAUCCUAAAAUUUCUUUUACGAUUGCACCGCGCCAUACUGGUCCCAUACUUUUGCACACCCUAAGGGGUCGUUUGCUUGUUGGAUUUGAAAAAUGAGGGUUUUGGCUAAAAAAAACCUUUGGAUUUAUGAGGGAUUUGUACCAUCAUGGAUUUGAAGAGUCUAUUGUUUGCAUGACAGAUUUGAUGAUAUAAUUAUGAUGGAUUUGCUAUAAAUAUAACUAGCCAUCAACGAUUUACAAAUCCCACCCCAAUAUAUGGGAUUUUUUGGA